GCCUGAGACACAUUACCCAGGGCAAAACUCGCCCCUUUCGACUCGUCAGAUCCAUAGACCGUUAAAAAAGGUUCAGAUCAGGCCAACUGUUUCCGGUGACAAAAUAAACAGCUUGCUUGCAGCUACUUACAGGAGGUUGGACCCAGUUACCCGGCUGGACGACGAGUCACCUGGUUUCACCUGAACUACAGUCUUCUUUCUCAACCAAUACCACCUCCACCAUGACUGCUGCUGUCAGAGGCCCUGCCAGUGUGCCUAUCCGAGGCACUGGCGACGGCAUGGAAACUGAAAAACCGCCCGCCAUCCUGGAGGUAAACACGGAGACACUGCCACCAGGUCCGGCUCCAGUUCCCCUUCUGAAGGUGGCUAGCCCCAAACACUGUCCCAAAUCUACCCAUCCCACUCCCCCCCAGCCUCUCGGGGUGCUCCACCUGGGCAGGGUGAGUCGAGAGGCCUGCACAGAGGUGGAUGCUGUGAGGAUCAUCGUCCCACGUGCUGCUAUUAGCCGGCACACCCGUACAAGACCCGCAGAGGGCAAAGGGGAGGCUGGGCAACACACUGAGGAGCAGGGCUCUCCCCCGCUGCCUCUGGUGGAGGACUGGAGAGGACAGCUGGAUAAGCUGCAAAACUCUGAACGCAGGCUGCUGCAGGACAAGGAAGGGCUUUCCAAUCAGCUCCGUGUGCAGACAGAGGUGAACCGGGAGCUGAAGAAACUGCUGGUGGCGUCUGUGGGUGAUGACCUUCAGUACCACUUUGAGCGUAUGUCACGGGAGAAGAACCAGCUGAUUCUGGAGAAUGAGACUCUAGGCCGGAGUCUGGCACACACGGCAGAGCAGCUGGAGAGAAUGAGCAUCCAGUGUGAUGUUUGGAGGAGCAAGUUCCUGGCCAGCAGAGUCAUGGCAGAGGAGCUGACGAACGCCAGAGCAGCGCUGCAGAGACAGACCAGGGAGGCACAAGGAGCUAUCCAGGACCUGCUGUUAGAGAGAGAAGAGUUCUCCAGCAACAUGGUUCUCACUCACAGAUCUCUGGAGCAGCUCCUGGUGUCCCUGCAGUGGGGUAGACCGCAGACGUACUACCCCAGUGCACAGCCCCUCAGCACAGGAGAUCUGGCAGCAGCCAAUCACAAGCUGGCAGACGCCAUCAACUCCCACCUGCUGGGUAACACCAGCAGCGCGGUGAAGAGCAGCAGCGCUACGGCGGAGCAGCUCUGCAGCACUCCGGCCGAGAAGAUGGCCGAGAAGGUGCUGAAGAUUUUAGAUCCUAUUUCCUGUUCAGAAAACACAGCAGACGUUCCGCUCAGUGACCCCACCCCUUCAAACUGUCUCAGCAUUAAGAAGAGCAUCGGCAGGUUUCACCCAAACACCCGUUAUGAGAACAUUACUUUUAACUGCUGCGAGCGCUGCACUGGAGACAUCCUGGUGCUGUAGGGGCGGAGGAGCAGCAACACGUCCCCAUUUGGCACCAACGCAGCAUCACAGCUUCUUACGAAGGACUGAGAUCUGAAGAGGAGUGUACUCUGGGGGAUAAUGCUGUUGUCAACUUCUACUUCUUCACUCCACACCAAAAGUUAGCUUCUCCAGCAGACAUUUCUUUUGUAUCAGCUACCCAUGUUAGUGCAUUGCAUCUCUGGUUUUUGGAUUUCCACAAUUGGAGAUGUUUUUAAACUUGAUCAACCUGCUGUUCAUUUUGCUCGCUUUAACCU